CUUAACCAGCUUUAGUCAUGUUAUAAACGCAGAGAGUUUGCAGUUUAAUAAUUAACCUGCUGUUUAUUUUGAACUUCAGAAAAAAGAAAAGCAACCACACUUUUGUAAUUAAAGUUGCAAAGAACCAAUGGCUGUGUGCAUUGCUGUGAUAGCCAAGGAAAACUAUCCACUUUAUAUCCGGUGUUCAGCUAAUGUUGAAGAUGAACUAAAGUUUCAUUUCACGGUUCAUACAUCACUGGAUGUUGUGGAGGAGAAGAUAUCAAGUACAGGGAAGACAUCCACUGCAAGGGCUCCGGAUAUGAGGGAGUUUUAUCUGGGUCAGUUAUAUCCAUCUGAAGAUUACCGAAUAUACGGCUAUGUGACAAACACAAAGGUCAAGUUUGUAAUGGUUGUUGAAGCAUCCAACACACAAAUUCGUGACAACGACGUACGUAGCAUGUUUCGACGGUUACACAACGCUUAUACAUCCGUUGUCUGCAACCCAUUUUAUAUUCUUGGCUCAAAUAUCUCUUCAAAGGCGUUUGAAAAAGUUGUUGCUGGUAUGAUUGUGGACGAACAAAAAAAGGAACUUUUUACGUAGCACAGGGGGUGGCUGUAUUGUACAGAGACACCAUAUCUGGUGAAUAAGAUACCAACGUUUUUGGUAUUUUAAAUCAGACUGGCCUAUGUUGUGUUGCUUAUAAAUUCUUGUGCACUUCUAGAUAUUUAAACAGAUGGCAUUAAAAGCUGUUCAACAGUUUUACUUCAAUCGUUUUAGUGUUUUUUCAGUAAUCUUAAAACUAUAUAAAAACUUUAUACAACAAAUUUUUAAUUCUUCUGAGGUUACCAUUAAUGGUUAACUUAUUACUCGUCACCAAUUUGAUUAGUUACAUUCAACAAAUUGAAUUCGUGUUCUCUGUUUACAUUAUUACUUAAACUGAAAAGCUGGUAAACCUAGAUUAUACGCAUUAAUACUGCAAUAAUACACAAUGAAUGCUGAAACAGUAUAUGAGUUGUUGUGCAAUAAAUUACAACCUAUUCUAUA